AUUGAUCCGACCCGAUUUGACAGUAAUCACAGAACUUACAAGCUUUCGUCUUCUCCUCCGAUUUCUCGGGAGACACCAAAACCCGACGAAUCCCACAAAAAUGGAGAUUCUCCGCAAGUUCAAAUUUCCCGCGAGAUCCAAGUCGCCGAUCUUUGUUUUCACAGUCACCGGCCUAGCUCUUACCGCCGUCACUGGCGGCGCCACCGCCGUCUCUGUUUUCCGGGACUCUCCUUCCGUUCAUCAUCCAAACAAAAUCGCGACGGCGGUGGAAGGCGUCGUCCGUUCUUCUCGAGCUAUCUAUGCCAUCACUCUCACCGUCGCCGAUUACAAGUAUAAUUUGCGUGGAUUCCCGGUGGAUUCCGAUGAGUAUCUUCAGAGAUUAACAGAGGUUCAUUCGCGGUCUGCGAGACGAAUUCUUAAACUGUGUGAGAGUAAUAAAGGUUUCUAUGUGAAAGCUGGUCAGUUUGUGGCUACGUUGAAGCUUGUUCCGAAAGAGUAUUCUUUGGCCCUUUCCUCGUUGCAAGACCAGGCAGUUCCUUGUAAUUUCCAAGAAGUAAAACACGUUCUCACAACCAAUUUGGGUCAAGACCUCACAGAGAUAUUUUUAUCUUUUGAUGAGGAGCCGAUUGCGGCUGCAUCUAUUGCUCAAGUACAUCAUGCUGUAUUGAAGAAUCAUCAGGAAGUAGCAGUUAAGGUGCAAUACCCUGGAUUGAAGCAGAACAUGAAGUUAGAUACAAUGAUCAUGUCUUUCCUUUCAAAAUCAGUCGUCAAGAUUUUUCCAGAAUACAGAUUUGACUGGCUGGUUUAUGAAUUCGUGAAGUCAAUUUCCCAAGAACUUGAUUUUAUCCAGGAGGCAAAAAAUUCAGAGAGAAUUGCCAAAAACUUCAAACAUAACAAAAUGAUUACUGUUCCUACAGUGUUUUGGGAGUUCACAACCACUCAAGUCCUGACAAUGCAGUUCUGCAAGGGUUUCAAGGUUGAUGAUGUGGAGUCCCUCAAGAGCACUAAUCUAAGUCCAGCAAAGGUUGCUAAAGUGUUGGUUGAAGUGUUUGCUGAAAUGAUAUUUGUUCAUGGAUUCAUACAUGGCGAUCCACAUCCUGGAAAUAUACUUGUUUCUCCUGUAGGCAAGAAUGGCUUCUCUCUAGUUCUGCUAGACCACGGGAACUGUAAAACAUUGGAUGAAGGAUUUAGACGGGACUUUUGUCGGUUAUGGGAGGCUUUGAUUCUUCUAGACUCAAACAAAAUACAGGAAUUAGGGAAACAGUUUGGUGUUGGCAAAUAUGCCAAAUUCUUCCCUGUCAUUUUCACCGGAAGAACUAGUGAAAGCAAAUCAGGAUUGGGAAAAGGAAUGUCUAUACAAGAGAGGCAAAAUCUAAAACAGGAGCUGAAGCUUUUGAACUUAGAAGACGUAACAACAUUCAUGGGGUCUCUUCCAUCUGACUUUCUAACCGUAUUGCGAACAGAUGGACUCAUACGGUCAAUCACUUUGAAGUUAGAUUCACCAAAACGUGUGAGACUACUCGCUUAUGCCAAAUAUGCAGUAUAUGGGCUUGGUUACAACCCGACUUAUGAACCAGAUUUUGUCGAGAAUUCGAUGAUCUCUGGAUCUGUAAUGUGGAUGAGCUACCUUCGGUUACGUCUUAUUCUUGAAUUGGUUGAAUUCUUUCAAGGAAUGAAGAAGCUAAAACAUACAAUCUAUUCUUUAUAUGGACGACUCGUCGACGGCGUCACAAGAAGUGUAAAGGUAUCGAGUCUUGUAUGAAAAUGUUAUGGGUUUAAAGAGUGUUUAGUGUCUUAUUUAUUUGAAAUAGAAGUAAUAAGAUCGAUUCUUUGGAAUAAAAAA